AUGCAAUCUAGAUCUCGAUUACUAAAAUUAUUUGAAAAAAUUAAACAUGUCCAAACUGAAAAGUUUGAGAAUAAUACUAUAACAGAAAAAAUUAUUGAAGUUAUAUCCUAUAUUAUACUAGAAGUAUUGUUAGAUAAAAGUUAUAUACAAGCUGCUGAUAUAAAUUACAGAUUAAGGUUUUAUAUUAUAUAA